CUUGUGUGUAGCCGGCCAAUGAAAGAGUUAGUUAUGCAUCUACUUCCACAACGAUGGUUUUACUUCGCAUCGAAAUCACAACGCCUUUCCUCCACCCCACAACAUUCUGCAUAUUAUCUCUGAUAGGAGCAGCCCUCUCGCUCCCAGUCCUCAGUUCCACACCAGCGGUUCCGAUUCCCUAUCCAACCCUCAGCUUCCAGCCCGCGCUCCCGUCAUCCCCACCAAACUCUUCCUUCAUCGAAGCCCCCACAGUACCACCAUCCUCGCCUUCCAUUCCGGCGGCGCUGUCCCCUCAGUCUGGGUUACCCAUUACACUCACCUCCACCUACGCACCAGUCCUAUUUGGCGGAUGCACCAGCACACCCGACGUCUGCGGCCCACACAUGAAGAUCAACAACGACCACAUCGCUCUCAGCACCACCUUUUCCCUCCAUAUCGACAGCGUCUUCGCCGGAAUCUUCAACCUGCUAAGCCAUUCACUCAAAUGGGGGCUGAAUCCCAUGGUGGGUUAGCAAGCUAAACUUGUCUAGGGGGCUUUUGGACUCGAGACUCCGGCUAUUGAUUGUGCGAUGGGUGAUAGAGGGCACGCUGCGGAUUCACAUGCGGCGGUUCACGGUUAUAUUACGGGAACGUGUUUCAAAUAUUAGAGUAAGGUAAAUUGGGAGGACUGGAUUCCAGCUUUGGAGGUUCUCAACGUCAGGGCUAAAGCUGGGAAUGAGUUUCCUGGACACCUGGAAAUGUGCAGAUGAGCUAUACCCGAGGCUAUAUAAGGGAAGCAUUGAUUCGCU